AUGGUAGUAGGAAAGGAAUUAUCAUCAACUGCUUCAUAUUCGGAACAACCUUCUGCUUACAUAAUUCCUGAAUUGAAUACUCAAUUUUGUCUUGCCUGCACAACAAGUGAAUCAAUGGCUUUCCAGGAGAAUAUAGAAAGUAACAAUGAUACAAGGGAUACCCAAUUAUUAUUCGUCUCGGUUGGGAAUGAAGACGCUAGUAAGGUUGAAAUAUCCUUACAAGCCAUUCCUAAAUUAGGAAAAAAAAUUGUAUUGGUUUUAUCUUCAAUGAAUGUAGUGACGUUUAAUAUCAAGAUUGAGGAAUCAUUUCCAUUAGAAAGAGUUAUUUGUCACUCACCCAUUCAGAGCAGUGUAGUAUUUUCACCAUUCUAUGAACAUCAAACAGUUAAAAACAUUCCAGUUGAUUAUUAUUGUGUGAAGGGUUCGAAUUGUAGUUACAAAAUUUUGGUAACUACCUCAACUGUGAGUUGGUAUGGAGGUGGACAGGUAUUCACUGAACUCAUGUCAAAUCAUUUGAAUUUAGAAUGGAGAGCUUUUGCAUCAUGUGGUAGGGCAACAAGGAUUGCUGUUCAACCCAUUGGAUGGCCAUGUGCAGCCCUAUCAGAUGAGCUCAUUAUUUAUAUUACCCUCACGCUCUUCCUGUUCAGUGUAUCAUUCAUUAGCUGUAUUGUUCUGGUUUUAUUGAGAUGGUACUGCAUUAGAGUUAGAGCAAGAGAGGAAUAUUUAUUGCAACAGGCAAAUAUGGAUUUUGUAAGUGAAGAAGAUUUAAAAUCAGAUUCCAAGGUUGUGCAAUUAAAGACCACAACUAUUAUCACAACAACCAAUACAGCACCAAUCAUACAAGUGUGA